AUGCGGAUAUUUUUUGAGAUAACCUAUAUUUUAAUACCCUUAUACUUGUUUUCUGUUGGCUCCAAAAUGGGACAAAAUCAGCCGAUAGCGCCUCUUGUUGUUGGUCCGCCCUCGUCGAUGUCCAACAUCAAGCCAGCCAUCGCAAUACCAAAUAAGCAGUCGUUCAUCCGCUUACCUACAGAGAUACACAUGCAUAUUGCAUCUUUCCUAUCAUACCCGGAUGCGUUGGCUUUAAAACAUACCAACAGCUACCUCUACUCGCUAGUUCGAACGAACCUACCAUUACGGGUCGACUGGAUCAUCGAGCGCCAUGAAAAAGGGCUUACAGUCCCUAGAAAGAACUGUGUGCUUCGUACAGACGAAUUGUUCUGCAACAGCGAGGUAAACCAGAUCAUGGAGAGGAGGCGAUGGCACCUGGAGUGCAAACGAGGGCAUGCUGGUUGCCAGGUGAUCGAAGGGUCAAGUUGUGGCGGUAUAUCUGCCCAGCAGCUAUUAAAGGGGAAGCGGCUGAUGUUAAUACUCAGCCGAGGGGGCAUAUAUGUUGAGAAUCGAGGUCAGCCCCUGAAGAGCGCCCUGAUCCAGCUGCCUGAGUCCUUGCUGACAUACCAAACAUACCUAGUUCUCCUUGUUGGAGUUUUACUUGGCAUAAUCGCUCUUAUUUGGAGAUUUUUUACCACCCAUGGAGUGUAA